GACGGAGGAGGAGGAAGUGGUCAGCGGCGCAGCGGGUGCCAGCGGGCGAGGAUGCUCCCCUGGCUGCUGUUCCGGACUGCGCGCAGGGCUGUCCUCGGGUCUGUGGAGACUGAGCUCUGCGAUUUGAAGUCAAUAAAGGGAAGCUGCCAGAAUUUUUGUACUGCUAUUUCUAAGGAUGUCACUUAUAAGGAACUCAAAAACCUGUUGAAUUCCAAAAACAUUAUGUUAAUUGAUGUCAGAGAGACAUGGGAAAUUCUUGAAUAUGGGAAAAUCCCAGGAUCUGUCAACAUACCAUUGAAUGAGGUAAGUGAAGCUCUACAGAUGAACCCAAGAGACUUCAAAGAAAAGUACCAUGAAGUAAAGCCAUCCAAAUCUGACAGUCUAGUGUUUUCUUGUUUAGCUGGAGUGAGAAGCAAAAAGGCUCUGGACACAGCAAUAUCUCUGGGCUUUCACAGGGCUCAACACUAUGCUGGAGGAUGGAAGGAAUGGGAAACCUAUGAAUUUUCAGAAAACAAACAAGGAAAUUGAGUUCUGGAAUACAAACUGGCUCUUUCCUUGUGUACCUGCAGCCUGGGAUAGUUCAAUGAGCAAAAGAAAAAUGUAUUCCUGGAAGUAGUGGUUCAUUCUAAGGGGGAUUAUAUAUAAGUCAACAACUUGUCCAGUCUUUUUCUCAUAUGUAAAUUGAGAAUACCACUCCCCUACCCAUUUUCAAAGGCUAUUGAGGAUUAAGAUAAUGUAUAUGACUUGCCAUGGAAAUACAAGUUUGGAUUCUAGAAGUUAAUUUUUAAGUAAUUCAGGAUAGUUCAAUAUUAUUCUAAAAAACCAGGUUACUUGUAUUGCCUAAUUGCACAUGACUAUUAAUAUUAAUAUAACUUCUAUUAAUCAAAUAAGCUAUUAACUAAAACAGUAGAUUAACAGGCAGACUUCACCUUAAAAAAAUAAAGUAAAACCAAGAAUCUGGGAUCAAGUUGGGUAUGGCAGUACAUGGCCCAUAAUCCCAGCUACUUGGGGGGCUAAGGCAGGUAGAUCCCAAGUUCAAAGCCAGCCUAGGCAACUCAGCUAGACCUUAUCUUAAAACAAAAUUUUUAAAAAAAGGGGAGCUGAGAAUAUAGCUCAGUGGUAGGGUACUUAUCUAGAAUGUGUGAGGCCCUGUGUUUGGUUCCCAGAACUACACAAAAGAAAACAAACAAACAAACAAAAAAAAAAAACCCUAGAGAAACAGGUAAAAUCUGAAUAAGGAAAAUG